GGAGGUGGCGAGGGGCGGAGCCCGAGUUUAGGAAGAGGAGGGGAUGGCUGUCAUCAAUGAAGUCAUAUUCAUAAUCUAGUCCUCUCUUCCUCCGUUUCUGUACUCUGGGUGACUCAGAGAGGGAAGAGCUUCAGCCAGCACACUCCUCGCGAGCAAGUAUCAUUGUACUGACUGGCAGAGACAGGAGAAGUAGAUGUCCACACCCACUGACCCUGGUGCGAUGCCCCACCCAGGGCCUUCGCCAGGGCCCGGACCCUCUCCUGGACCAAUUCUCGGACCUAGUCCGGGACCUGGACCAUCUCCAGGUUCCGUCCACAGUAUGAUGGGGCCAAGUCCUGGACCUCCAAGUGUCUCACACCCUAUGCCGACGAUGGGGUCUGCCGACUUCCCGCAGGAAGGCAUGCAUCAGAUGCACAAGCCCAUGGAUGGCAUGCACGACAAGGGCAUUGUAGAAGACAUCCACUGCGGGUCCAUGAAGGGCACCGGCAUGCGACCACCUCACCCCGGGAUGGGCCCGCCCCAGAGUCCGAUGGAUCAACACAGCCAAGGUUAUAUGUCACCACACCCUUCUCCCCUGGGAGCUGCAGAGCAUAUCUCCAGCCCUAUGUCGUCGGGAGGUGGCCCUACCCCACCCCAGAUGCCACCGAACCAGCCAGGGCCCCUCAUCCCUGGCGAUCCGCAGGCGAUGAACCAGCCCAACAGAGGUCCCUCGCCUUUCAGUCCUGUCCAGCUGCAUCAGCUGCGGGCUCAGAUUUUAGCUUACAAAAUGCUGGCCCGGGGCCAGCACCUCCCCGAAACGCUGCAGCUCGCAGUCCAGGGGAAAAGGACGUUGCCUGGCAUGCAGCAGCAGCAGCAGCCACCACCGCCGCAGCAGCCACCGCCCCAGCCGCAGCAGCCGCAGCAGCAGGCCCUUGUUAACUUCAACAGACCAUCUGGCCCCGGGCCGGAUUUGAGCGGCCCGAGCACCCCACAGAAGCUGCCAGUGCCCUCGCCCCUCCUGCAGCUGCAGCAGAAGCAGAGCCGGAUCAGCCCCAUUCAGAAACCGCAAGGCCUGGACCCCGUGGAGAUUCUGCAGGAGCGGGAAUAUAGGCUUCAGGCUCGCAUAGCUCACAGGAUACAAGAACUGGAAAACCUGCCGGGGUCUUUGCCACCAGAUUUACGCACCAAAGCAACUGUGGAACUGAAAGCACUUCGGUUACUCAAUUUCCAACGUCAGCUGAGGCAGGAGGUGGUGGCCUGCAUGCGGCGGGACACGACUCUGGAGACGGCUCUCAACUCCAAAGCAUACAAGCGGAGCAAGCGCCAGACCCUGAGGGAAGCCCGCAUGACGGAGAAGCUGGAGAAGCAGCAGAAGAUCGAGCAGGAGAGGAAGCGCCGGCAGAAGCACCAGGAAUACCUGAACAGCAUUUUGCAACAUGCGAAAGAUUUCAAGGAGUACCAUCGUUCUGUGGCCGGGAAGAUCCAGAAGCUUUCCAAAGCGGUGGCAACGUGGCACGCCAACACCGAGAGGGAGCAGAAGAAAGAGACGGAGCGGAUCGAAAAGGAGAGAAUGCGCAGACUGAUGGCUGAAGAUGAAGAGGGCUACAGAAAACUGAUUGAUCAAAAGAAAGACAGGCGUUUAGCUUACCUUUUACAGCAGACCGAUGAGUAUGUGGCCAACCUCACCAACCUGGUCUGGGAGCACAAGCAAGCCCAGGCGGCCAAGGAGAAGAAGAAGAGGAGGAGGAGGAAGAAGGUGAGUACCCAGUGGAGGGAUCAGUUUCAGGCGUGUAUUGCUCUUUAAUAUAUACACUUACCA